UGCUGUAAUCAGUCCCUCCGCCGAGGGGCGGCGCUGUAGUUCUGGGCGCAGCAUCAGCAGCAGAAGAGAAGCAGCGCUGUGUUUCCGGGGGAGGCUCGGCCGCUGCAUGAAGCGCAACAGCUACAUCCUCAAAACCAUUUCACUGUCAGUAGAAAUCAAAAUUAGUGAGGUCCUGUCGCCGGUGCGUGAUGUCAGGUCAGAAGCGCCCCAGUGACCCCGGCAACUCUGCCACCCUCGGCGCUCCUCCAGAGAAGAAGAAGGGCGGUGAGGAUGGAGAGGGUAUGAGCACUGGAUCUGGAGGAAGCACUGCUGUAGAAACGGUCAUCAAACUGGGAGGAGGAUCCAACCAGGAAGAACAAGAUAUUAAAGCUCUGCAGAUCAAAAACAGGAAGUUGGGAGAGUCCCUUGACCAAAGACAGGUGAUUGAGGAUGAACUGAGAGAGAGAGUUGAGAGGUUGGAGACUCGUCAGGCGACAGAUGAUGCGAGUUUGUUGAUUCUAAACAGAUACUGGAACCAGUUCGAUGAAAAUGUGCGGUUAAUUGUGCGUCGCUAUGACCAAUCAGGGAGCGAGCCUGUGGAAAGCCAACCUCCUGAAGGGCGGAGCUUAAAACCUGGAACACCAGAACCGGAUGGAGACUCCAACCAGGAGAGAGCAAAAGACAGAGGUCAACAGGGGGAGGGAGUAAGCUCUUUUCUGGCCAUGUUGGCCAGCAGCAGCAGUGAGGAGAUAGACGCAGAGCUGCAGGAGCGAUUGGAGUCCAGCUGCAAACAGGCCAGACGUGUGGUAGAAAUCUACGAGAACCUGAAGAACACGGUAGACCAACUAAAGAAAGAUGUGGAGUCUGGAACAGAUGGCAGUCUCUGGGAUGUCGCUGACCGCCUCAACACCCUCCUGACCAAUGAAAAUGAACGUCUCCGCCAGCUGACCGACAGCCUCCAGCAGAAGCAUAGUCACAUGACCAGCGAGUCUCGUCCUCUGGGCCGUGCUGCGAAUCGUGCUGAUAACAGGAUCAGUGAGCUGCAGGUUCUCAUUGAGGAGCUUCAGUGGGACAUGGAGAAAAUCAGACGGAGAGAGAACCGGCUCAACGCACACCUUGUAGAGGUGCUGGAAAGGGUAACCAGUAAAGGUUAUAAGGUGUAUGGCGAAGCAAGCAGUGUAUGUGGAACCAUCACGAUUAACAAAAGAAAGUUUGAGGAGAUGAACAGUGAGUUGGAGGAGAACAGGGAGCUGGCGGAGAAUCGGCUCAGUGAGCUCCAGAAGCUCCAGCAGGACCUGCAGACGGUUUACCAGGAGAACAAUAACAUGAAGGUGGAGCUGUUGUCCAGGGCUGAGGAGGUGGCCAGAGACAGCGCAGAGUAUCGCUGUCUUCAGUCUCAGUUCUCUGUGCUCUAUAAUGAAUCGCUGGUGCUGAAAUCUCAGCUGGACGAGACCAAAGCUCGACUCAACACAACCAGGACUGCCCGCCUGCGCCAGCUGGACCACAUGGAGAAUGACGAGGUGUCCUUGCAGCGUAAGGUUCGUACUGAAGUGAUUCAGUUGGAAGACACGUUAGCACAAGUGCGCAAGGAGUACGAGAUGCUCAGGAUCGAAUUUGAGCAGACGUUAGCUGCUAAUGAACAAGCAGUGCUCUCUGGUUUUUUCUCAGGCCCAAUAAACCGUGAGAUGAGACAUUUGAUCAGUACACUGCAGAAUCAUAACCAGCAGCUGAAGGGAGAGGUGGUUAAAUAUAAACUCAGACUGAGAGAGGCUCAGCAAGAGCUCAACCAGCUGCGUGCUGCCAAAGGUAAUGCUGCUGUCCAAUCACAGUCCAGCACAGAGAUGGAUGUGAAGGAAGAGACCGCCUCUCCACACACACCUGCCCCGACGGGUGACGUUACUAUGAAGACUGAGCCAGAUAGCGGCUCCGCCACAUCCAGCACCACUGGUGUAACAGUAAAGACUGAACCAGGUACAGACACAGAGACCGUAGUGAAAGAGGAGGAAAAAGAGAAAGAAAAGGAGAAAGAGAAGGAGCAGAGAGAAAGAGAGAGGGUGACUCGUGGGAGUACUGGAGGCGUAGCAGUGAAAGAAGAGAGAGAGAAAGCCAGCACCAGCCAAUCAGAAGACCUAGCAGCUGAACGCUGCUCUGUGAUUGGAGGACCCAAACGCAAGGAGAUGGAUCAGCUGAAAAUAGUGCGGGUGGACCUAAAGAAAGCCCAAGAGUCCCAGAGGGAGAUGAAGCUGUUGUUGGAUAUGUACCGCUCAGCACCGAAAGAACAGAGAGAUAAAGUACAACUGAUGGCUGCGGAGAAGAAGGCAAAGUCAGAGGCCGAGGAGCUCCGUCAGCGGGUGCGAGAUCUGGAGGAGAGGGAGAGGAGGGAAGGAAAGAAGAUGGCCGACGAAGAGGCCCUGAGAAAGAUCCGCUCAGUGGAGGAGCAGAUCGAUAUACUCAAUAAGAAAGUCUCUCUUGCUAAGCAGGAGGAAGAUGCUUUGCUGAGUGAGAUGGAUGUUACUGGCCAGGCGUUUGAGGACAUGCAGGAGCAGAACAUUCGUCUGAUGCAGCAGCUCAGAGAGAAGGAUGACGCCAACUUCAAACUCAUGAGUGAACGCAUCAAAUCCAACCAGAUCCAUAAACUCCUCAAGGAAGAGAAAGAGGAGCUCGCUGACCAGUUGCUCACACUCAAAACACAGGUGGACGCACAGCUGCAGGUGGUUCGGAAGCUAGAGGAGAAAGAGCGCCUCCUGCAGGGCACCAUCAGCGCUGCGGAGAGGGAGCUGGGACUCCGCACACAGGCUUUAGAGAUGAAUAAACGCAAGGCGCAGGAGUCGGUGCUGCUCUCGGAGGAGGUGCGCACUCAGCUGGAGGGGGUGCAGCAGAGGUUGAGUGCGGUCAGAGAGGAGGUGAUUGAGAACAGCAUUUCUCGAGAAAAGGAGUCUUUCAAUGCCCGACGUGCACAGGAGGACAUAUCCAAACUACGCAGGAAGAUAGAGAAGGCCAAGAAGCCUGCGGAGAACAUCCGAAAUGGAGAUGAGAUCCUGAAUGAAGAAAUAAAUGACUACAAGGCCCGGUUGACGUGUCCAUGCUGCAAUUCACGUGUAAAGGACGCUGUUUUGACAAAGUGCUUCCACGUUUUCUGUUUUGAGUGCGUGAAGACGCGCUACGACACCCGUCAGAGAAAGUGUCCGAAGUGCAAUGCCGCGUUUGGUGCCAACGAUUUCCAUCGCAUCUACAUCGGAUGAGACUUGUGAUUCACGGUAUCUGCAUCUGUUUGGUCCAGUUGCUCAGCAUUGUUCAGAGGGUGGAGUUCGUCCUGUAACGUUGGGUGAACAUCAACAGUUUAACAUUCCACUUGUUUUCUCUUCAAAAACAUCCAAAAUGUUCAGUAGAUGUUCCAGCGUCGGUUUAGCAGAACUACAUUCCACAGGUUUGUCCUUGCCAACAUUUCUCACAACAAAUGCUGCUGCUUGCUUCUAGGAGUGUCCUGAAUGUUUGCUGACAUCUUUUAAGUUAAUACUGCCUCGACCAGAUCUCCCAUUCCACCUCAACUUUACAUUUACAACCCAGAGCCAAUGUGAACCCUUCAACAUCAGUGAGACCUGUCAUUGAAAACAAACUGCCUAGUCGACUGGGCAAUAGUUAAUUUGCGUUCAGUUUGCUGAACAGCUGGUUUUGUCAUUUUUGUACGGUCUACUUUUUUUUUUGACUGCCUGUAGUGAUGGUUCUGCAACUGCUUUAUUGAAAUCCAUUAAAAUAUUGAAAUGUA